AUGGUGUUCAGGCUUUUCUUCAAGAACUACCAGUUUGUUUUGGCAUUGACUUUUCCUAUUGAAGAGAUCAACAAAAACCCUGAUCUUUUACAUAAUUUGACUCUGGGUUUUGAUAUCUGUAAUCUUACCUUUGGGACUUUCGAUCAUGCCCUGAGUGACCAUAACAGGUUCCUGGGUCUCUAUCAGAUGGCCACUGCCAUGAUCUCCUUACUGCUUCAUUUCCAUUGGAACGGGGUGGGACUGUUUACCUUAGAAGAUGAGAUUGGACUGUGUUUUCUUCCUGAAUUGAGAAAACAGAUGGCCAGACAUAGCGUUUGUAUUAAUAAGUCAUCAGCAUAUGUCCACAUCAUAUAUGGUGAUAAUGAAUCCAUACUCGAUGUAAUUAAGUGUGUGGAGCAGUAUUUCUUAAAAGGCAAAGUUUUUAUCCUGAACUCACAGUGGGAUUUCACCACGAGAAGGAGAUAUUUCAUUCUAGGAUCAUUCCAUGUGCCUCUGUUUUUUUCAUACCAUCACCCAGAUGUUUCUGGAUUCACAGAUUUUGUCAAGGCAGUGAACCCUUCCACAUACCCAGAAGACUUUUUCCUUGCUCGGCUGUGGUUUCUCUCUUUUAAUUGCUCAGAUUCUGAAUCUGACUGUGAAACAUGGGAGAACUGUCCUCGUGAUGCCUCCUUGGAUUGGUUGCCUGGGCACACUUUUGACAUGACUAUGUCGGGAGACAGUUACAAUAUAUACUACGCUGUCUACGCUGUGGUCCAGGCUCUCCAUGAGAUGCUUUUUCAUCACACAGAACUGCAUCAUUUUCUGAAGAACAUCCAGUUUCACAAUCCAGCUGGAGAUCAAGUGAUUUUGGAUGAGAAAAGGAAGUUGGAGGUAGAGUAUGACAUUGUGAACAUUUGGACUUUUCCGGAAGGCCUUGAAUUUAAGGUGAAAUUAGGAAAGUUUUCUCCAUAUGCCCUACCUAGUCAUCAGCUGUCUUUAUCUGUUGAUAUGGCACAGUGGGCCAUAGAGACCACAGAGCCUCCUCAGUCUGUCUGUAGUGAAAGUUGUGGUCCUGGAUUCAGAGAAUCGCAUCAGGAGGGAAAGACUGUCUGUUGCUUAGCUUGCAUUCCCUGCUCAGAAGAUGACAUUGCUAAUGAGACAGAUAUGGAGCAGUGGGUGAAAUGCCCAGUUGACCAGUAUACCAACACACAGAGAAACCAGUGCCUCCCAAAAGCUGCAAGCUUCCUGGCUUAUGGGGAGCCCUUGGGGAUGGCCUUGGCCUGCAUGGCUCUUGGUUUAUCUACACUCACAGCAGUUGUUCUUGGGGUCUUUGUGAAACAUCACAACACCCCCAUUGUCAAGGCAAAUAACCAGGCUCUCAGCUAUAUUCAGCUCACCUCCCUCAUCUUCUGUUUCCUGUGUUCCUUGCUGUUUAUUGGACAUCCCAACACAGUCACCUGCAUUCUACAGCAAACCACAUUUGGAGUUGCUUUCACUGUCGCUGUUUCUUCUGUUUUGACCAAAAAUGUAACUGUGGUUCUGGCAUUCAAGGCCACUUCUCCAGGGAGAAGGAUGAGGUGGCUGCUGGUAUCAGGGGCCCCUAAUUUCAUCAUUCCCAUAUGCACCCUGAUCCAGACAACUCUCUGUGGAAUCAGGCUUGGAACCUCUCCUCCCUUCAUUUACUCAGACACACACUCUGAACAUGGCCACAUCAUCAUCCUGUGUAACAAGGGCUCUCUCACUGCCUUCUACUGUGUCUUGAGAUACCUGGGCCCCCUGGCCCUGGCCAGCUUCACUGUGGCUUUCCUGGCCAGGAACCUGCCUGACACCUUCAAUGAAGCCAAGUUCCUGACCUUUAGCAUGCUGGUGUUCUGCAGUGUGUGGCUUACCUUCCUGCCUGUCUACCACAGUGCCAAGGGCAAGGUCAUGUUGGCUGUGGAGGUCUUCUCCAUCUUGGCCUCCAGUUCAGGGCUCCUGGGCUGCAUCUUUGGCCCCAAGUGCUACAUCAUCUUGUUAAGGCCAGACAGCAACUGUCUGCAUAGCUUCCGGGACAGAAUACAUCCUCAAGGAAAUAGGUCCACGUAA